CAACUCGUCCCGAAAGGAACCGGGCUUCUCGUCGUCAGAGCAGAAGACAAGACGGACACAUCUUAGCUCGUAGCUUCUCUUGUUCCGUUCGAGGUGCGUCAUUGCUACAGAGGGGUGACGAUUAAUUCAUCGCCUGUUCAAUUAUCUUGGAGAUUCGUAAUUAACUGGGAAUCUCGAGGUUCCGAGGACGAUGCCCUUUCUGAAAUUAGAUCUUCACAACCACAUCCUGCCGGAGACCUGGCCUGACCUGAAGGAACGCUACGGCUACGGGGGAUUCAUUCAACUUGACCACAAAGGAUGCUCUGUGCCAGGCAAAGCUAAUAUGGUGAAGGACGGGAAGCUGUUCAGAGUGGUGGACGAGAACUGCUGGAGUCCAUCAGCUCGUAUCAGGGACAUGAAUGACACAGGGAUCACAGUCCAGGCGCUGUCUACCGUCCCUGUCAUGUUCAGCUACUGGGCCAAGCCUGACCACACACUCGAUCUCAGCAGACUCUUAAAUGACGACAUGGCCAAGACAGUGCAGCAAAACCCAAGGAGAUUCGUAGGCCUUGGAACAGUGCCCAUGCAGGCGCCGACGCUAGCAGUCGAGGAACUGAAAAGGCUGAAGGCGGACCUUAAAUUCCCCGGAAUCCAAAUAGGAUCCCACGUCAACGAGUGGAACCUCGACGCCAAGGAGCUGUACCCAGUUUGGAAGACGUGCGAGGACUUGAAUCUGUCAGUAUUCGUGCAUCCCUGGGACAUGGAGAUGGGAGGCAGACACUCCAAAUACUGGUUACCUUGGCUGGUAGGAAUGCCGGCCGAGACAGCGACAGCCAUCUGCAGUAUGCUCAUGGGAAAUGUGCUGGAACAAUUCCCCAAAUUGAAAGUCUGCUUCGCGCACGGAGGGGGCUCCUUCCCGUUCACGGUGGGUCGCAUCCAGCACGGGUACGACGUCCGACCUGACCUCUGUGCCACGGACUGUUGCAGCGGGCCCAGGUCGUACCUUGGGAAGUUCUGGUGCGACAGCCUGGUCCACGACGCAGAGGCGCUGAAACUUCUCCUGAAGGUAGUUGGAGAACAUCGCGUCAUCCUUGGUUCGGACUACCCGUUCCCCCUUGGGGAACACCACCCGGGGAAACUGAUCGAAAACUCAGACUUGCCGGACUCUGUUCAGAAACAAGUCCUCUUCGACAACGCCCUCGAAUUCCUGGGACUUAGCGCCUCGCAGUUCUCCUGAAGACUUCGAGGAAGACUCGGGAUCUCGGAGCCCUCGAGAGGCUGGUUUGGGUUGACCUUGGGUCUUGUCCUGAGAGGCUGACUGAAGAGGAGGAGUAACUCAGUCUUCGAGUGGUCCGACAGAUUAUGACUUUCGAGUGAAAAUCAAAGAUGGAGGAACGUGUAUUUACUUUUGCAAGCUGUAGUUUGCUUCAAGUAUGUUAACUAUUUUACAAAGACUGUGACUUACGAGAUGAAAAUAAAGUGUGUGAUUUAA